ACAGGCCGGGCGGGAGGAGGGUCGCUGAGUGGGCAUCGGACCGUGGCCUUGUCCCCGGGCGGACUGUGCGGGAGCAGCCUGCCCUGUCCCUUCGCCAGCCGGCCGAGGUGAAGAGACUGCUGCUACAUAUAAGGAAAGAUGGGGAACAACCAAAGCCACUCGGGCCGGAGUUUUCGUUCCCAGUUUCUCUCUGAGGAGCAGGCUGAAAUCGAUCGAUUGUUUGAUGCUCUCUCAUCUGAUAAAAGCAGCUCACAUACCUCGCGCAGAUCCUUCUCAUUGCAGGCACUGAAGGACCAUGUUGGGGGAGCGCUCCCUGCGGGGAUGGUCACCAGACUGUAUGACGGCAUGCGGAGCGUUGACCUGACGGGGACGGCCAAGGGGCCCAGCGAGAACGUCUCCCAGGAGCAGUUCACCAUGUCCAUGUCCUAUCUGUUAAAAGGGAACUCCGAGGAGAAGAGCCUUGUGGUUCUGAAGAUGAUCUCUCCUGUGGAAAGCUCUGUGAAAGCAAGAGAAGUCCAAAAGUUUACAGAGGACCUGGUCGCCUCUGUAGUGCACGUGCUCAACUACAGACAGGAACUGAGAGGCUGGACGCAGAAGGAAGCGCCAGGCGCCCCCUCCAGAGUGCAGGUGAUGGCUGCUCAGCUGCUUUCGGAGAUGAAGCUGCCAGAUGGCAGGAAGCUUCUGGAGCCUGAGCAGCUGGACUGUGUCUGUGACCAGGCUGUAAUCGAGGACUGGGUGUUCCGGGUCCCCCACGUGGCUACGUUUUUGAGUGUGGUCAUCCACAAAGGCCUUCUCGUCCUGAGUGCCUCCCUCAGUCUGGCCACCCUGAUCCCUGAGUGUCACGUUGACCAGGGGCGGGAGUUUGCGAGCAUCCUGGACGUGCUGUCGGUCAUCUACAUCAAUGCCCACCUGCCCAGGGAGCAGCAACACAGGUGGCGCCUGCUCUUCUCCUCUGAGCUUCACGGGCACAGCUUCUCCCAGCUGUGUGGGCGCAUCACUCACCAAGGGCCCUGCGUGGCUGUUCUCGAGGACCACAAUGGCCAUGUGUUCGGUGGGUUUGCGUCCUGCUCCUGGGAGGUCAAGCCUCAGUUUCAAGGGGACGACAGAUGCUUCCUGUUCUCCGUGUUCCCCCACAUGGCUGUGUACACAUGCACCGGCUACAAUGACCACUUCAUGUACCUGAACCAUGGGCAGCAGACGAUCCCAAAUGGAUUGGGCAUGGGCGGCCAGCACGGCUACUUCGGGCUGUGGAUCGAUAUCGACUUUGGGAAGGGACACAGCAAAGCCAAGCCCACGUGCACCACCUACAACAGCCCCCAGCUGUCGGCCAAGGAGGACUUCCAGUUCCAUAGGAUGGAGGUGUGGGCCGUCGGGGACUUCCAGUCUCAGCCGGCCAAGAGCAACAAGAGCAUCCUGGACGUGGACCCCGCGGCCAAGGCCCUGCUGGAGAUCAGUGGGCGGAGCCCGCACAGUGAAGGGCUUCGGGAAGCCCCGGAUGACGCAUGAGGGAGCCCACGCUGCGGAGAGCCCGGGGACCGUGGUCGUCCUCCAGAGUGCAGGCGGUUGCAACACGCCCCUCUCCGAUGCCUACCUCGAUCGGCCGGUGGUGCCCUGUGCGCUCUCACAUGUCAAGCGAGCAACUCAAUCCUUAUGCUUUUGUUCAUUCUGUAUAAAUGAAAUUGAGGGACACAAAGACGUCUGAGAGCCCUGCGGGGCAGCUUUGGGGGCGGGGAAUGAGGGUUCUGGUGAGCAAAAGGGGCUGACCCCAUCUCUCCCCUGCCCUCUCAGCCUCCGACGCAGUUGCCUUGUUGGACAAACAAACACACGCCCAGGCCAUGCCAGUGCGGCCCUGACGCCCCAUCUUAGCUGGGAAGGGCAGAGGCACUGGCUGAGGAGCUCGAUGCUUUUUGGUGACAGUCCUAUGGCGCGGAGUUCCUGUGUUUAUAAAAAAGCACCAGUGAUGUCUUCAUGGGGGGAGCAAGAGACUGUAACGAUCAUCCGUUGGCGGGGGGCAGGGUUCCUCAAUCGACCUUUUAAGUUGCGUGUUAAGUUAGAAGAGGUGCAGAGAUGCAAAAGUCGGGUUCUGUUAGUGGUUUAAAUGGGCCAGAGGCCCUAAAGCUGGCAGUGUUGAGAUACAUAUCUUAUAUAGAUUAUAUAUAAUAAUAAUAUAUAUAAUAAUAUGCACACAUACACACACAUGCCCGCAUUUAUGUAUAAUUUCUUUAACCAAACCAGUUGCCGUUGAGUUGAUUCCAACUCAUGGCAACCCCGUGUGUUCAGAGUAGAACUGCACCGUAGGGAGACCCUGGUGAUGUAGUGGUUAAGAGCUAUAGCUGCUAACCAAAAGGUCAGCAGUUCAAAUCCACCAGGUGUUCCUUGGAAACCCUAUGGGGCAGUCCUACUCUGUCCUCUAGGGUUGCUAUGGGUUGGAAUCGACUUGACGGCAAUGGGUUUAUAGGGUUUUCAAGGCUGCGACCUUUCAGAAGCAGAUGGCCAGGCCUUUUUUUCUGAUGCAUCUCUGGAUGGGAUCAAACCAUCAUCCUUUUGGUUUGUAGUUGAGCGCUUAACUGUUUGCACCAUCCAGGGACUCCGUCAUCUUUUCAGAUCCGUCCUGAAAGUUAGUGGUGAGUAACUCGGAGGUGCUCGACUUGGCUUCUAGAGCCCCUGGCACCAGCUCCUGCCAUCAUGCCGAUAAUAUUGCCCUACUUGCCCAGUGCUGCUCCCAGAGGGGACUCACUCUAAACAAAGACUCCCACGAUGCCAAAUGCUGAGAAUUACCUCAUGAAGUCUCAGGUGGGUUGGGCCUCGAGCAGAGCUUCCAUCUCCCCACUUGCGGCAGGCCUGAAAAACCCUAUAAACAUUCUGGGAGUCCGUCCACACUGCUGACCCAGAACUCCUUGCUUCGAGGAGCUUUCAGCCUGUUGCUAAGACAUAGACUUCUUCUGUCUUUUGCUGUAAACACUGACCAUUUGCAGGUCUGAUGAGAACACAGCCUUUAUGACACAGGUUGUCCUGAUUACAAGCCAUAGUUCAUCGAGCUGUUUGCAUUUUGCAGGUUCUGCGUUUUCCACUAGGAGGCUCAUCAAGCUUCCCACUUAGCAAACCCCCUGACUGAAGCGAAAGGCCUUGUUACUGAGCCUUCAGAAGAAACGUGCGCACUCAGGCAGUGCGGGGAGGUACGGGGCGUGAGGCAGACAACAACUUGGUCCUGAUGGGUUUCCCUUAUAAAAAGCCAGUUUUCAAUAACUUCUCAGGUACAUCCUGUGAUCUUCCUGAUAGCAUAGUAGAUGGAGAAUAUUAGAAUCCAGAAAUGCUCCUACCGUAAAUCCAGACUUACAUCUGGGGUCUUCAGUUUGUUUUGGAAUGCUUUUUACACAUAUGCAAUUAAAUACCUCGUUUACAAACAGCCUCUCAGCGUCCAUGCCUUUCACGCCAUUGACUGUGCCCUCUGCAUGCAUCUGUCACAGAGAGUUAGAAUUCUCUCUGCCCACACACACUCUGCCUUGUGCUUGUUCUAACGAGAGUGCAGAUCAGCCGAGUAAGUUUCUCGGUGGAUAAAACGGUGGUCUUAUCUGUUUCACGAGGUAGUGUACCUAUACAAAGAAAAGAGGGUGCCUAGUCCAGGUACCUGGGAACCGGGGGGGCAGGUGGUUGGUAACAUGGGAGACUAGCCCUUUUGAGGGGCAUGGGGACAGUAUUACAGCUUCUGGGGUGAUGGUCUGCCUCUCAAGAUCAUGGUUUGGUUUUAAGCACACCAUGUUUGGGACCUCAGCAUCGGCCUGGAGCCACUGGGCUUGACAAGACAUCCUUUACCUGGGACUGAGAGACUCACAGUGCUACUUUAAUAAAUGAAUAGUGACCCCAUAUGACAGACUAGAACGGCCCCAUGGGGUUUUCUAGGCUGUAGUAACCUUUAUAGGCUGGUCUUUUCUCCUGUGAAGCCGCUGGGAAGUUUUGAACUGCCAACCUUUCGAUUAGCAGCCAAGCACUUAACUGUUGGACCAACAGGGCUCCUAGAGUUCUCUUUAUAAGUGAAGGCUGAUCAGGGCCCUAGAAAGAGGAAGCAUUCCCCCCUGCAAGAGGCAACACUGAUGGCGAAACCUCUUAGGUCUCCUUCUAAGGUACCUUGUUGCACACCGAAGCGAGUGUGUUUUUACACGCUAGUGUUUCCCUCACUUUAUUUUUCUGAUUUGUAGGUUAAUCCAUUUCUACCCAUCAACCCACCUCUGUUUUUAUCGACUGCCUAGUGUUCGUGGUGUUCGUGGUAUGGACCUCCUUCACUGAUUGCCUUCAGCCACCCCGGGUUGGCAAACGUUUCGUUUUCUACAAAUCACUGCUGUAGCAAAUAUCCUUUGUGUGUGUCUUGGUGUGAGUCUAUCUGUAGGAUAAACUCUUGGAACCUUAACUGUUGGACCAAAAGGUGUGUAUAUGGACCAAUAACCCCUUUUCAGCUCAAUUUAUUCUCCUAAUAUACUGGGGUGCCUGUUUGCUGUAUCUUCGCCAGGACUAUAUUAGAAUUUAGUACUUGUUCAGCUGAUAGAUGAAAAUUAAGUAAUUUUAUUUUCUCUGUCUCUUAUGAGUGAGAAAAAUCAGCUUCAUUUUUUAAAAAAGCGAUCUGUAUACCUUUCCCAUCAACUCUCUAAUCAUACCCUUCUCCUGGUCUCCUAGGGCGGUGGGCCUUUUUAUUCUUGAUUUGCGAGAGUGCUUUUGGGUAUGAGGCAUGAUAGGCUCCGUUGCGUGUGGUAAGUACUUCUUCCAGUUUGACUAUAUUUGACAUUUUCUGUCAUCAUAUUUACUGACAUUUACUUCUUUGGAUUCUGUGUUUUGUAAUUUUCUUAAGUCCUUCGCUCUGAGAUUUUAAAAAAUUUGCAUUUUCUUAUGCUACUUAUGUGGUUUCCAUUUUUACUUCUAAUUCCUUCAACUUUAGUCCCUUUCAAAAUUGUUUUAGCUAUUUUUAGUUUCCUUGUCUUUCCAUAUAAAUUUUACAGUAGUUUGUAUCUACAAAAAAAGUCCUGCUGGGAUUGUGAUAGGCAUUGUGUUAGCCCUAUAGACCAAUGUGAGGAGAACUGAUAUCUUUACAAUGUUGAAUGUUCCAGUCCGUGAACACACCAUGUCUUUCUGUUUAUUUAGGUUUUCUUUGAUUUCUUUUAUUGGCAUUUUGUAGUUUUCAGCAUAAAGGUACUAUACAUGUUUGUAGGUUUAUACCUAAGUAUUUCUCUUUUUUUUCCAGUUGUAAAUGGUAUUCAGCUUUUAAUUUUAGUUUCCAGUUGUUCAUUACUAGUAUAUAUAAAUACAAUUAUUUUGGGGUGUUAACCUUGAAUCUUACAACCUUGCUAAGCUCACUUUUUAGUUUUAGGAAUUUUUUUGUUUUAAGAUUGCAUGGGAUAUUCUACAUAGACAAUAAUAUCAUCUGUGAAUAGGAUUAGUUUUUUCUCCUUCCCAGUCUCUUUUCCAGCACCUUUUGCUUCUCUUAUCUUGUCAUAUUGCACUGGCUAGGUUGGCUAGGACUCCCAGUACUAUAUUGAAUAGGACUGGUAAGAUUGGAUAUUCUUGCCGUGUUCUCAGUCUUACAGGGAAAGCAGUUAGUUGUUCACCAGCAAGUAUGACGUUAGCUGUAGCGCUUUUAUAGAUGCUUUUUAUCAGAUUGAGGAAGUUCUUUUUUAUUCCUAGUUUACUGGCCAUUUUUAUUAUGAAUAAGGGGUUGAAUUUUGUGAAAUGCUUUUUUCACAUCAGUUGAUAUGACCGUGUGGCUUUCCUUCUUUAGACUAUUAAUAGUGUGGAUUACAUUGAUUGAUUUUUGAAUAUUGAACUAGCCUUCCAUUCCUGGACUAACCGCACUUUAUCAUGGCAUAUUGUUCUUUUUAUACUGGGCUGGGUCCUAUUUGCUAAUAUUUUGUUGAGGGUUUUUGGAUCUGUGUUCAUGAAGGAUAUUGUACUGUGUUUGUCUGGUUUGGAAUCAGGGUAAUGCCCACCUUAUGAGUUGGGAAGUCUUUUCUCCCCUUUUAUUUUCCAGAAGAGAUUGUGUAGCAUUCUUAUUAUUUCUUUAUAUGUUUGGUAAAGUCCACCAGUGAAAUCAUCCGGCUCUGGAGAUUUCUUGGAAUGUUUUUAACUACAAAUUCAGUAUCUUUAAACAGUUAUGGGACUCCUAGGGUGAUCUACUGCAUCUUCAAUAAGUUUUAGUAAUUUGGGGUUUUCAAGAAACUGUUUACUUCAUCUAAGCUGUUGGAUUUAUGUACGUCAGGUUGUUCAUAGUGUUCUCCUAUUACUGUUGGAAUACCUAGAGUCUGUAAUAUAUGCCCUCUCUCAUUGCUGUUAUUGGUGAUCGUUAUCUUCUGUUUUCCCUUUGAUAAAUCUCUAGCAGGACUGAGUUUUUAUUGAUCUUUUCAAAGAGCUAGCAUUUAAUUUGAUUUUGUUUUCAAGUUCAUUGAUUUCUGCUUGCUGUUUUUUUCUUGGUGACUUUUCCAUGUCGUUUGAGAAAAACGUGCACUCUGCUGCUGAUGAGUGGUGUGUUCUACAAACGUAAAUCAGGCUAAGUGGCUUGAUAGUGUCCAAGUCUCCUGUGUCCUUGUUGAGUUUUUCCCAACAAUUUCUACAUGUGUAAUUCACUGACAUUGAUUGCACUCAAGUUGUGCCGCCAUUCUCCCUGUCCUUUUCCAAAUUAUCCCACCGCCAUUAACAUAAACUCAGUGCCCCCCAGGCAGAAAUUCCCCCUUUCUCCCUCCCUCCCUCCCACCCCUGGCUAACUUUGAACAAUCUUUGGUUUCUAAGUAUUUGCUUAUUUCACAUAAGGGAGAUCAUACAGUAUUUGUCCUUUUUGUGACUGACUGAGUUUGCUCAGUAUAACGUUUUCACGGUUCCUCCAUGUUGUAGCACAUAUCAGGACUUCAUUUCUCUUCAUGGCUGAGUAAUAUUCCACUCUAAUACUCAUAUAUCAUAAAAUUCGCCAUUCCAAAGUGGACAGGUGAGUGGUUUUUAGUAUAUUCACAAAGUUGUGCAACCAUCACCAGCAUCAAAUUCCAGAACACAUCACCCCAAAACGAAACCCCAUACCUGUUAGCAGUCACUCUUCAAUCCCUUGUCCCUGCCCCCAGCCCAUGGCAAAUACUAAUCUACUUUCUGUCUCUAUCCAUUGACCUCUUCUAGAUAGUUCAUGAGGAUCCCUGAGCGAUGCAAAUGGUUUGCACUUGACUGCUAACCUAAAGGUUGAUGGUUCGAACCCUCCCAGUAGUGCCAUGGAAGAAAGGCCUGGCAAUCAGCCUCUGUAAAGAUUACAACAGACAAAAACCUACAGAGCAGUUCUACCCUGUAAGACAUGGUGUUGCCGUGAGUCGGAAUCGACUUGAUGGCAAUGAGUUUACAUAGUUUAUGUAAAUGGAAUCAUAUAAUAUGUGGCCUUUUGAUCUGGCUUCUUUCACUUAAUGUUUUCCAGAUUCAUCACGUUUGUAGCAUGUAUCAGAACUUUUUACAGCUGAAUAAUAUUCCAGUGUAUGGAUAGACCAUAUUUGGUUAUCCAUUCAUUAGUUGGUGGACAUUUGGGUUGUUUUCAUGCUUUGGCUGCUAUGAAAAAUGCUGCUGUGAACAUGUGUACAAGUCAAGUGUCACAUGUUUUCCAUUCUCUGGGGUACACACCUAGGAGUGGAAUUGCUGGGUCAGAUGGUGACUCUCCUGUCUCAUGCUCUGAGGAACUGCCAUACCGUUUCCGCAGUGCCUGCACCAUUUCACAUUCCCAUUAGCAAGGCACCGGGGUUCCAAAUGCCCCACACCCUUGCCAACACUUGUUUUCACUGUUGCCAGCCUACUGAGUGUAAUUUGGUAUUUCAUUCUGGCUUUGAUUUGCAUUUCUCUGAUGACUAAUGACGUUGAGCAUCUUUGCCAUGUGCUGCAUCUUUGGAGAAAUGUCUGUUCAGAUCCUUUGUCCAUUUUUAAAAUUGAGUUAUCUUUUUAUUGUUGAGUUUUAAGAAGAGUUUAUAUAUUCCGGGUAAUAAGCUCUUAGGAGAUACAUGAUUUGGGAUUAUAUGAUUUGCACGUAUUUACCCCCAUUCUGUGGGUGACUUUUUCACUUUCUUGAUAGUGUCCUUUGACAAACAGAAGUUUUAAAUUUUGAUCAAGUCCAGUUUAUCCAUUUCUUCUUUGGUGGCUUAUGCUUUUUCGGUGUCAUAUUUAUCCUUGCUGAUUUUCUGCAAUCUUUAACUAAAAUGGGGGAUUCAUUUUUCCUUGCAGUUCUUUCAGUUUUUGCUUUUAGGCAUUUCAAAGCUCUGCUGUUAGGUAUGCAAAUGCUGAGGAUUGUUAUGUCCUCAUGACUAACUGACCCCUUUGUCCUUAUGAAAUAAACUUUUUUAUCCUGGACAGUAGUCUCUUUGCUCCGAAAUCCACUUAGAUGUUAAUACAGCCACUCCGGCUUUCUUUUGACUAGUGUUAGCAUAGUAUAUUUUUUUCUACCCUUUUACUUUUAAUAUUUGUGUUAUAUAUUUACAGUGUAUUUUUUGUAGGCAACAUAUAAUUGUGUCUUCCUUUUUAAUCUAAACACAGACUGUAGGUUUCCAAAAUGGCGGAAGGUUCUCAACCUGGCCUCUAUAGGAACAACACUGGCGAAAUCCUUCAAAACAAUAAUUUGGCCCCUUGCAUAAUACUUUACAAAAGUAUCCGAAGUGCCCAUUUUAUGGGUGAGGAAGUGGGGCCUCACUGAGAUUAAACCAUGCAGCCCAGUCUCAUGCCAACAAUGGGCAGAGAAAUGGCCGGAAGCCCCAGCCCCUGCUCGUCCCACCCUCCCAGCUGCCUCUCUGAGAAGCCCUGUGUAUUCCUAACAAGUGGCCCAUCGUGUUGAGCUGUGUUCCAAAUAAUGCAGAGACGUGGAUAAUAAAAAUCAUUGUGAUUUAAUAAA